AUGCACUUCUUGUCCACACAGAUUUGCUAUUUCUUUCUAUCCAAGGCAAUCUUUUCAAGUGCCCAGCUCAAAGGGCAACUAACAACUCUUGCCUCUUUUCCUUUUCAGCGGCUUCUCCCUUCAGGCCCAGCUCAAUGGCUACUAACAACUCUUGACUCUUUUCCUUUGCAGCGGCUUCUACCGUCAGGCCCAGCUCAAAGGGUUACUCACAACUCUUGCCUCUUUUCCUUUUCAGCAGCUUCUACCUUCAGGCCGAGGCCGAUAUCAAAGGGCUACUCACAAUUCUUGCCUCUCUUCCUUUUCAGCAGCUUCUACCUUCAGGCCCAGCACAAAAGGCUACUAACAACUCUUGCCUCUCUUCCUUUUCAGCGGCUUCUACCUUCAGGCCCAGCUCAAAGGGCAACUAACAACUCUUGCCUCUUUUCCUUUUCAGUGGCUUCUACCUUCUGGCCCCGUUCAAAGGGCUACUCACAACUCUUGCCUCUUUUCCUUUUCAGCAGCUUCUUCUUCAUUCAGGCCCAGCUCAAAGGUCUACUCCACAACUCUUGCCUCUUUUUUUUUUUCAGCACCUUCUACCUUCAGGCCCAGGCCCAGCACAAAGGGCUACUAACAACUCUUGCCUCUCUUCCUUUUCAGCGGCUUCUACCUUCAGGCCCAGAUCAAAGGGCAACUAACAACUCUUGCCUCUUUUCCUUUUCAGCGGCUUCUACCUUCUGGCCCCGUUCAAAGGGCUACUCACAACUCUUGCCUCUUUUCCUUUUCAGCAGCUUCUUCCUUCAGGCCCAGCUCAAAGGUCUACUCACAACUCUUGCCUCUUUUUUUUUUUCAGCACCUUCUACCUUCAGGCCCAGCUCAAAGGGCUACUCACAACUGUUACCUCUUUUCCUUUUCAGCAGCUUCUUCCUUCAGGCCCAGCAGCUUCUAAAUUCCAGGCCCAGCUCAAAGGGCUACUCACAACUCUUGCCUCUUUUCCCUUUUAGCGGCUUCUACCUUCAGGCCCAGGUCAAAGGGCAACUAACAACUCUUGCCUCUUUUUCCUUUUUAGUGGCAUCUACCUUCAGGCCAAGCUCAAAGGGCUACUCACAACUCUUGCCUCUUUUCUUUUCAGCAGCUUCUACCUUCAGGCCCAGCUCAAAGGGCUACUCACAACUCUUGCCUCUUUUCCCUUUUAGUGGCUUCUACCUUCAGGCCCAGCUCAAAGGGCAACUAACAACUCUUGCCUCUUUUCCUUUUCUGCGGCUUCUCCCUUCAGGCCCAGCUCAAUGGCUACUAACAACUCUUGACUCUUUUCCUUUGCAGCGGCUUCUACCCGGCUUCUACCUUCAGGCCCAGAUCAAAGGGCAACUAACAACUCUUGCCUCUUUUCCUUUUCAGCGGCUUCUACCUUCUGGCCCCGUUCAAAGGGCUACUCACAACUCUUGCCUCUUUUCCUUUUCAGCAGCUUCUUCCUUCAGGCCCAGCUCAAAGCAGGCUUCUACCUUCAGGCCCAGAUCAAAGGGCUACUCACAACUCUUUGCUCCUCUUUUCCUUUUCAGCAGCUUCUACCUUCAGGCCCCAGUUCAAAGGGCUACUCACAACUCUUGCCUCUUUUCCUUUUCAGCAGCUUCUUCCUUCAGGCCCAGCUCAAAGGCCCAGGUCAAAGGGCUACUCACAACUCUUGCCUCUUUUCCCUUUUUUAGUGGCUUCUACCUUCAGGCCAAGUUCAGGCUUCUACCUUCAGGCCCAGCUCAAGGACAACUAACAACUCUUGCCUCUUUUUCCUUUUCAGCGGCUUCUCCCCUUCAGGCCCAGCUCAAUGGCUACUAA